UUUAAGAAAAUUAUGUUUGUACUAAUUUAUUAUUUAUGGAAAUCUGAUUUUAUAUAUUUUUGUACUUUUGUAAUUUUUCAGGUGAUAAAACAAAGUUUAGAUCCGUUUUGGGACCAGACGUUAAUUUUUCCUCCCAUUAUUUUACACGGUACUAAGGAGUAUAUUAAGUUUCUACCACCUGAAGUCAUUUUGCAGGCUUUCCAGAAGGAUUUAUAUGGCACGAGAGAAUUCUGUGGCAGAUGUAUCGCGGUGCCAUUAGUGAAACUCGCCACGGAAACUUACUCGCCGCCUGAUUUUCCACCGAAAUUAGAGUGGUACAAAUUCCAGUCGCAAAAAGAUUGCACUGGUUCAGUCCUCGCAGCUUUUGAGCUGAUAGAAACAGAGACCAAAGAGAUUUCGGACGUACCGACAUCGGUGGAGGACAAGAUUUACAGCAUCCCACCGGAUAUCAGACCGAAAAUGACGAGCUACAGGCUGGAGGUGAUCUUUUGGGGUGUACGAGACAUGAGGAAGAUAAAAUAUACACCGGUACGCAAGCCGAGAAUUAUAGUGGAGUGCGCUGGAGUGCACAUCAAGUCGGAGGUGAUGGAGAACGCUAGGAAAUUCAGCAACUUUGAGCAACCGCACAUUAUGAUUGAGCUGGAAAUGCCGGAGCUCGACAUUUACUAUCCGAGCAUCACCAUAAAGGCUUACGAUUCGCGCGGAUUUGGCUGCUUCAAGUACGCCGGGAUCUGUAUUAUCCCUAACAUUCACGUGUUUCUGGAGCAAUUAAUAACCGAAGAGAAUUAUGAUAUGCAGAUAUAUGAGUCGAAAUUCAUGCAGAAAUUUCAGCUGGCGAAACGGCAGACGGCGAUAAUAUUACCUUUGCCGAUCGAUUAUAGUUCUUCAAAGGAGGAGAGCAAAGGUCUCAUUCCAUAUAAGAGGAUGGCUGCAACCGACAUAUACUCCAAGUUGAAAAGACUGCUUGUAAUCACGAAGAGGAUAUUAAAAUUCAAGUUCAUCACCAAGAGAAAGAAAGUGGAAAUUUAUAAAGACAGCGGUGACGAAACUCUCGAUUGGUGGAGCAAAUAUUUUGCCUCCCUCCAGAAUCAGAUCUAUUCUACGGAGCUGGAGAUGCAGCCGCAAUUCGAGGGGUUUCAAGACCGACUCCGCACUUUCGAAUUGUGGCGCGGAAGAAAGGGUGAAAGUCCCGAGCACGGAAGCCCCGGAGAUAAUUAUGCUGGUAAAUUUAAGGGACAUAUUUCUGUAUACCAGUGGCCGCAUCCUGAUAAUCUUCCGUGCAAAACGAGAAGCGGGAGAGACGCGGCUAAUGGCCUGUGCAACGAUUAUCCGCCUCAAGAGCCUGUUAAGCUCCUCGUUAGACUCUACGUUGUAAAGGGCAUUAACUUACAGCCUAAGGAUCCUCUCAGCGGCAAGUCCGACCCGUAUCUCCGCGUGAAGCUGGGAAAAAAUUCUAUCAGCGACAGGAAGAAUUAUAUACCCAAUCAAUUGAACCCUACGUUUGGGCGUGUGUUUGAAUUCGAGGCGACCUUCCCACAAGAUUACAUGUUAGAGAUUCAAGUGUGGGACUUCGACGCCACGACGGCCGACGAUCUGAUCGGUGCGACGCGAAUCGACAUCGAAAAUCGAUUUUACAGUCGACACCGGGCACACUGUGGAAUCGCAAACGCAUACAGUACCACCGGUUACAACGCUUGGAGGGAUCGCGAGAGACCGACGCAGAUUCUGGAACUCCUCUGCAGGAAGAACAAUCUACCGCCACCGGAAUACGGAGAACGCGAGAUUAAGAUCGGCAAGCAGUCAUUUCCCUUUCAUGCCGUGAUCGAACGCGAAGGUGAAGUAGACAAAGAAGAGUGCAUGGCUCUCAGUGUACUUCAUCACUGGCAAGAUUUUCCUAUCUGCGGAUGCGCCCUCGUGCCGGAACACGUCGAGAGACGACCACUUUUCAACAUUAAGAGGCCGGGUCUCGAGCAGGUUGCAUGAAAUAUAUCG